GAACGAUCCACCAUUCUUUGCCUCAUGCACUGUCUCAGCAUCUUCCCAUGAAGACACUUUCCUUUCUGAAGGGCAAAAGCACUACCAAGACGAAGGCCGAACUCAAAGCCGAAGAGGCUGCAGAAAAUAAGAGACGCAGAGCUCGCAAGGAACUCGAACUCUUUGGACGACAACACGAUUACCGGCCUGGAGCUUUGACUGCGAAUGAAACUUGGUGGUGUCAACAUUAUUUGUGGUUGAAGAGUCAAGGGUAUCUACUUCGUCCUCGGUACGCGCCAGGUUGGGUGCCAUCCUGGGAAGGUACCGAGCGCGAUCCAUUGACUUGCGAAGAUGGUCAUUCUAUGGAAUUUGGCCAAAUCAUGGAUGCAACACGUGUAUCCGACGAUGUACAUGUCUCUCUCAAAAUCGUGGAGAAGUCGCUACACCCUCAUGAAGCAGAGAUCGGGCAAUGGUUCAUGUCAGAGCCACUUUCGUCGCAUCCCAAAAUCAUUGUUCAAUUGAUUGCUAUGCCGCUGCUGCUUCCUUUCGCUCGGCCACAAUUCGACACAUUUGGUGAGGUGUUGGAGUGUUUUAGACAACUAUUUGAAGGUCUGCUGUUCAUGCACAAUAACCAUGUGGCACAUCGCGACUGCAUGUGGAUGAACAUAAUGAUGGACGCCAAAGACCUCUAUGCCGAGCCCUAUCAUCCUGUUGAUCCUCACAUGAAACGUGACUUCAGUGGCCGUGUGAGGCAUUAUACCCGCACUCAGCGACCACCAAAAUACUACUUCAUCGACUUUGGCUUAUCACGUCGAUACGAUCCUCCCGAGGCCACUCCGCUAGAGUACCCGAUUUUUGGCGGCGACAAAUCGGUACCGGAAUUUCAAAACAACUCAGACGUCCCCGUGAACCCAUUCCCCACCGAUGUCUACUAUCUCGGCAACGUCAUUAGAGAGGAGUUUAUAGAUACAAAAAUAGGUUUUGGCUUUCUGAAACCUCUCGUAGAUGACAUGGUUCAGAAUGAUCCCAAUGCGAGACCUACGAUGAAUGUGGUAGUCGAACGUUAUGACUUGAUUCGACAGCAGCUCAGCUCAUGGAAACUACGCUCCCGUGUUAUUGCAAGAGACGAAGAUAUCUUCGAAACUAUGUAUCGCAGUGCUACCCAUUGGAGGCGACGGAUAGGUUUCAUCGUCAAGCGUGCACCAGCCAUACCUCGCUUUCAGGAAUGAUCACAUACCUCUGCAGUGUUGCGAUGUAUAUCCAGAACACCGCUACUCUGAAUUAUCUACGACGUUGGUUGGCGAUACGAGUCGCAACUUGACAUGUCCAGAUCUUCGAUGAUACUACAUACUAGGGUCAAUUCACAAGCUGGAUUAAAACAUAUGCUUAUGCUGUAUCCUUUUGUCGUUACUUCACCAGUAGUCUAAUACUGAGGAUGUAUCAGUGUGCUUCUGUUGUUGUUUUUUACCUCCAGCGCGGAGAGAGAGCUGAGAUCGUACUCGCGGAGUUUGGAAUGA